GCAUCCCCAUCCUCGGCGUCGCCCGGCUCGGCGCGCGGGCGAGCGGGCGCGGGCGGCCGGAGCGCGGCGGGCGGAGCGCCAGGCCGGCCAUGGCCACCACCAGCACCACGGGCUCCACCCUGCUGCAGCCCCUCAGCAACGCCGUGCAGCUGCCCAUCGACCAGGUCAACUUUGUAGUGUGCCAACUCUUUGCCUUGCUAGCAGCCAUUUGGUUUCGAACUUAUCUACAUUCAAGCAAAACUAGCUCUUUUAUAAGACAUGUCGUUGCUACCCUUUUGGGCCUUUAUCUUGCACUUUUUUGCUUUGGAUGGUAUGCCUUACAUUUUCUUGUACAAAGUGGAAUUUCCUACUGUAUCAUGAUCGUAAUAGGAGUGGAGAACAUGCACAAAUAUUGUUUUGUGUUUGCUUUGGGAUACCUCACAGUGUGCCAAAUUACUAGAGUCUAUAUCUUUGAUUAUGGACAAUAUUCUGCUGAUUUUUCAGGCCCAAUGAUGAUAAUUACCCAGAAGAUCACUAGUUUGGCUUACGAGAUUCAUGAUGGGAUGUUUCGAAAGGAUGAGGAACUGACUUCAUCACAGAGAGGUUUAGCUGUAAGGCGCAUGCCGAGCCUCCUGGAGUACCUGAGCUACACCUGCAACUUCAUGGGCAUCCUGGCGGGCCCGCUCUGCUCCUACAGAGACUACAUCAUCUUCAUCGAGGGCCGGGCGCAACACAGGGCACAGCCAAGCCCAAGUGGGAAAGAGGAAAUGCCAUGUGAGAGAGCAGAGCCGUCCCCGAACAUCGCAGUUAUUCAGAAACUCUUAAUCUGUGGACUUUCCUUAUUAUUUCACUUGACCAUCUCUAAAACAUUAUCUGUGGAGUAUAACAUUGAUGAGCGUUUUCAAGCUACAGCCUCGUGGCCGACAAAAGUUGUCUAUCUCUACGUCUCUCUUUUGGCCGCCAGACCCAAAUACUAUUUUGCAUGGACGUUAGCUGAUGCAAUUAAUAAUGCUGCAGGCUUUGGCUUCAGAGGAUAUGAUGAAAAUGGAACAGCUCGUUGGGACUUGAUUUCCAAUUUGAGAAUUCAACAAAUAGAGAUGUCAACAAGUUUCAAGAUGUUUCUUGAUAAUUGGAAUAUUCAGACAGCUCUUUGGCUCAAAAGGGUGUGUUAUGAACGAGCCUCCUUGAGUCCAACCAUCCAGACGUUCAUUCUGUCUGCCAUUUGGCACGGGGUGUACCCAGGAUAUUAUCUGACGUUUCUAACAGGAGUGGUGAUGACGCUGGCAGCGCGAGCCAUGAGAAAUAACUUUAGACAUUAUUUCAUCGAACCUCCCCAACUUAAAUUAUUGUAUGAUGUUUUAACGUGGAUAAUGACUCAAAUAGCAAUAAGUUAUACAGUUGUGCCAUUUGUACUUCUUUCCAUAAAACCAUCAUUCAUGUUUUACAGCUCCUGGUAUUACUGCCUGCACAUUGCUGGGAUCUUAAUAUUAUUGUUGCUGCCGGUGAAAAAAACUCAAAGAGGAAAGACUACACAUGAAAAUGUGCAGCUGUCGCCAUCCAGAAAGUUCGAUGAAAGAGAAAAUUCUUUGGGACAGAAUAGUUUUUCCACAACAAACAAUGUUUGCAAUCAGAAUCAAGAAAUAGCCUCUAGACAUUCAUCAUUAAAGCAAUGAAGGGGAAAACACUCUGAUGGCUAUUUUGUCUCUGUUAACAGAAACCAAUCUUAGCACCUUUUGGAGGGAUUUGUGUUCGUUUGAAAAGAGAUGAAGUGGGGGGCAAAUGGGACAGAUCUAGAUGGGGAGUUUCCAGUAUACCAGAUUGGGAAUGGAGCGAAUAACCCCUCCCAUGCCAUGUCCCUGGGGGCCACGCCUUAUAUAAAAAUAUUUCCAUGAUCUCAAUGGGCACUCAGGACCUCUGCAGAUGUUGUAGGGUGGUACGUGUGCCCCUCUUGCUGAAUGUAUGUUGCGUAUCCCAAGGCACUGACGGGGUGAAAGGGUAACCGUGUCAAUCUGGAGGAUGGACAAAAAUUGACUUUUCCAAAUGAAUGUCUUGCCUUAAACCCUCUAUUUCCUACCAUAUUGUUCCUAAAUGGUAUUUUCAAGUGUAAUAUUGUAAGAACGCUAUUUCAAUAUUUGAUGUCAUGGUCUUGUAAAGGAAUUCCAGAGGAAUUUGAAACAGGAUAUUUAAGAUCGUGGACACUUUAAAAAUGCAAUAAACAUCUCAGUAUUUGAAGGGUUUUCUUAAAGUACCUGAAAUGACCAUUGUACGUAGCGAAACUAAACAGAAAGGGAUGCCAAAUUAUAGGUAGCUUAUUUUCCUGGAGAAUUUAAUUACUUUGUGUCGGUCAGAGCCCAUCAAGGGAGAAUUUCUUCAACAUAAUUAAAGGUUGGUAAUGCGAUAUUUUAAACUUAUUUUCUUAAAAAAAAAAAAAGGAAAGAGAACAAGAGAAGAUGAUGAAGGAAGGAAGGAAGGAAGGAAGGCAGGCAGGCAUGGAUGAAGAAAGCACCAUGUGGACUGGAGCUGGUGGCAGCUGGGGCAGGGCACAGACCAGGUGCUCAGCAGAGUGCUUUUCCCCUUCAUGUAUCUGAGUUCUUUUUGAUUCUGUAAGAUGUAGAAGUGUAAUGACUUUUUAAUAUGUUGGACUUUUAAAUGAAAUUUGCCAGGCAAAAAUCAUAUAUAAUUAUGGCAGGAUUAGGAAAAUAAUAGUGGUAGAUGGCACGAGGGCUGUGUAGGAGAAAUCACUGGGUUAAGGUAACAAUCUGUCUAAUCGCUUCCUUAUCCUUGACAGCUUAAGUCAUAAUUGGGAACGUUUUAGGGAAAUGAAAACUUACAGUCAUCGGGUCUGACCCACCUUUUUAGAGAAUAAAAGAAAUUAGUUUCCAAACUCUUAAAUUCUCACUUUCAAAUUUGGCUCUUAACACUUUUUAAUGAGUUUUAGGUUCUAUGAGUAGGAAAAAAACAUGCUUCUAGCAUAUAGACCAUUUUCACCACAGUUAAUCUCAUUGAAUUAUCAGAUGUCUCUGUUAACCCCACAGUCUUGGGGUGGCCGCAGUGGCUGAAAGCAGAAGAGUGGGCGGCAAGGCCACCCUGGUAUGGGCUUCAGGCACAAGACUUGGAGGUGAGAGAGGAGGUGAGCGGGGCCUUCUGACUCCACCUUUAUUUGACCACUUUAUUUCCUUUCUUGCCUUAAAUUUUCAAUGAAAUGCAAAUUGUCUAUGGUGAGUAUAUAUAUAUAUUUUUUAAUUUUUGUCGUGAAUAAGUUUGCAAAUGCAGUUACCGCAGAACAGCCAUCUGGCUUAAGCUCUGUGGUUUUUCAUUUAAAGAAGAAAGAAUAACAACUAUACCAGGAACUUUUGAGGUCCUCAUCAGCAAAAAUAUCAGUGGAUCUUUUUUAGAACUUUAGAAAUAUCCUAGUCUUCGAUUAUGUAAGAUGUUUUUAUUUUUCUAAAGGUAAAUUUUUUCCACCUGCCGAGGUUAGCCAAACCCUGUUACUUCCCAGAAAAGGAGAGGUAGCUAAAUAAAUUUUCUCUGUUUUCCCACACACUGAAAUUAAGCCAGCUGUGGGGUUUGAGAGGAUAGAAAAGAAUAAUCAUGGAAAGUAUCUGCCCCUAAAAGAUCUCCUUAAUUAAUGCUGCAGAGAUCUGAUAACUACUUUAAAAAAAAGGUAGAUAAAUUUAGGGUUUAAAGGACAAGUCUAGACAUGUUGUAAGUAAAAACAAGAAAGCUUAACAAAACUCUUUCUCAGCCCAAGUGGCCAUUUAUAAAUAAUCACUAUUUAUUUCUAUUACCUGUGUCAUUUCUCAGCCUCAAAACCUAAAAUCACUGUUACCUAUUUCAUGACGCUGUCAUUGCAGAGAGCAAGAUGACUAAGAAUUCUCCAGUUCCUUUGAAGAUAAUACAUUAUCUAUACAAUUUGAGUGAUUUUCGUCCCCUGGAUCAACUAAGUUUUGUUUGUUUGUUUCUUGGGGUUUUUUUUUUUUGGUAUGAAAUGGGUUUUGGAUAGCUUUUCUCUAAUUUUGGAGGAAUUAAAAUAAGUUUGUAACCUAGUAGAAAAGCUAAAGAAAUAAUUCUAAUUCUCAACUUGACUUUUCUCCUCAAGAAGAAACUUUUUGUGUUCUAUGAAAUGAAUAUAUCUGCUUGGAGUGUUACAAGGGUUAAUGCUUCCCUUCUACUUAGAGUAGAAGAUUUGAAAACUGGUGUAUAUCUCUACAUACUGUUAAGUAUAAAGGGAUUCAUUGUA